AUGGGCAAGGGCGGGCGAUUUGCGUGCAUUUUCUUGCCAUAUAUUCUGUCGAUUGGGACACUUGUAUGCCUUGCUCUAGUCGGUCUAGGAUGCUACAACACCAGCACUCUCACCGAUGUUUACUUUGCAAAGGUUGAUAUGAAAGAUAUAAACACAUCACCGUCCGGGCUAAAUAAGCAACUACAGCCUCUUGCACAUGGCCUCGAACAGGCGAAAGCCAAAGGCGAUCUCCACGACUUCUACAUUGUCGGUAUGUGGAAUUACUGCUACGGAGACCACAAGGACGGAGCCGAUAAGGUCACCCAUUGUUCUCCUCGUCAAUCGAAGUUCUGGUUCAACCCUGCCGAAGUCUGGGGUGUCGAUGAUACUAUCGAGAAGCUCUACCCAUCAACCCUACAAAAGGGCCUAAACACCUACAAGAAGGUUGCCGGAUGGAUAUUUGUUGCUUACGCCGUUGCCAUUUCCGCCUCUGCCAUUCAGCUUCUGGUUGGAAUCUCCGCUAUCUUUAGCAGAUGGGGUAGUUUUUUCACCACUAUUGUUGCAGGAGUUUCCGCAGUAUUCACCCUCGGUGGUGCAGCCACCGCCUCUGUUCUCUACGGUAUCCUUGUCGGAGCUAUCGAAACAGGCCUUAAGCCAUUCAACAUCAAGGCUAGCGUUGGCACUCGCAUGCUCUCCAUCUACUGGCUAGGUGCCCUUUUCACCAUCGCAGGAGGAUUCUUCUGGCUCCUUAGCGUGUGCUGCUGCUCCGGCCGCUCUCCAUACGGCCACCGCGAUAACCGACGUGGCGUCACUGCCGAAAAGGCCCCUUAUACCUACGAGCGUGUUGCUAGUCCAUACGGCGCCCACCCAGGAUCUGCUGUCCCCAUGCACAACAUGCCUCCCCACCAUACUCAAGACACCGCCUACGAGCCCUUCAGACAUGACCACCGCGUAUAA